AUGCAGCGAGUACCGCGUUACGAUCCCUAUGCGCGUCCGCCCCAGCAACAUGCGGUGCCACAUGGAGCCGCUGGGCACCAGCGAGAAGCAGAGCAUAGCAAUCCGCUCAGUUACGCCCAGCCAGGCGUAGCUACUUCCACACCUUAUGAAGCUUCCUACGAACCUGGUGGACCCUCUCGCUUUGGAGGAGGCGGAGGCGGAGGCGGAAGGGGAUUCGUGCGAGGGAGCGGAGGUCACGGAGGGUCGAGGGAGCGAGAGUGGGAGCGAGACCGCCACCGCGAGAGAGGCAGCCGGGAGAGGGAUGGCGUGGCGGCUGCCUCAUCGUCCGGAAGUGGUGGUGCUGCGCCGCCCGAGCAGCAGAGUCGUACUCUGUUUGUUCGCAAUGUCUCCUACAACACGUCCGAGCGCACCCUCAUGGACCUCUUCAAGAAGUACGGCGAGAUCAAGCGCGUGUUCAACCUCAUCGACAAGCGCGGCAUGGCCUUCAUCACCUACUACGACAUCAGAGACGCGCAGGAGGCCAAGAGGGAUCUGCAGGGAUACGACUUUGAGGGCCGACCGCUGGACAUUCACUACUCGAUACCACGCGACGACGAAGACCAGGCCAAGAACGAGGAGAACAACGUCAGCACCGUCUUUGCGCGCCUGCGGGGCGGGACGGGUCCCCUCAGGGACAAACCGCCCAUGACCAACCGGGAGGUGAAGCGUCUGUUCGAGGAAUGGGGCUCCGUCAAGGAAGUGCGCGAGUGCCGCGGCAAACCUUUCCAGAAGUUUGUGGAGUUCUACGACAUUCGACACUCGGAAAAGUGCCUCAAGGAAGCGGCCGAAACGCACAAGAGCACCAUCCUGGACGUACAGCCGGCCCACGCCAAGCGCGAGGGCCGAAGGGACGACGAUCGCGACCGAGAUCGCCCUCGGACGACGGGCUGGGGUGGCGGUGGUGGUGGGUAUAGCAGUGGCGGCGGCGGCGGCGGCUACGACGACCGGAGUAGACCGCCGGGCGACGACUACCGCUUUGCUGGAGGAAGGACAGGCGGCCCAGGGCCUUACUCGGGGAGCGUCUCGCCGUACGGCGGAUAUGGCGCGGCCACCCCGUCAGCCUCGACGUUGCCCGCGUAUGCGCAUACCUCCUCCUACAUCCCCCCGCAGCCGUCCCAUCAGCCCUACAACAACCCCGCGCAGUCCACUGCAGCUCUUGCCCACCGGGACGCGAGUCAGGGCGCUGCCGGUGGCGACGUGGGUGCCACGCUGCAGACGUUGCUGAGUCUCGUGCAACUCUUCAACCAGCCGCAGCCUCAGCCGGCGUCGGCAGCUCCGGCCCAGGGGUACGCACCACCGCAGCACGCGCCCCAGGCUACCCAGGCCUCCUACUACCACCUGCAGGCGCUCGCGUCCCCGUAUUCCCAGCAGCCGCAGCAGCAGCAGCAGCCGCCCGGCGCCACAUCCUACUACCAGCCGCAGCCGACAGGAGCGCCAGCAGCCCUGGCGCAGGGCUACGCCCCCAGCAGCUCUUCGGCUGCUCCCCAGUACCAGCAGCAGCAGCAGCAGCGAUACGGCAUGUAG